AUGCCAACUAGUCUAAUUGACCAUUUUUGGAACGAAUUAACAACAAAAGAGAUUAUUGAUAUCAUUUCUAACUGCCCCGAUGUUCACCGCCCUACUGUGCAUUUCUCAGCAUGCGUUCUGAGAGAUAAAAGAUCAAUAUUGAAUAAACUCCUUCCUCUAAAUCCUUAUUGGACGGAGGUCCUCCACGCUAAGAUUGCAGAAAAGCAUCACGCCCAUCGCUUGGCACGCGACAAAUCACGAACUCAACGGAUAGACCGCCAGAGAGUCUCUCGACAAGUAGCUCGUUCAGGUUCUGACUUGGGAGACUUUCUGGACUUACCAUCGCCCGAGGAGAGCUUACAGUGCUAUCGUAGCUUUUAUGAUGCCACAUCCAACAAUGCUCUUUGCAAGACAAUCUGCGGUAUUUGCGCGCGUUGGCUUAAUACACAAAGAUAUGGAUUUCAGAAAAUCAAACUCGCCAACAUUCAAGCUCCUGAACGACUUUGUCCAAACACGAAGCACCCUUCUCAAGAACUCACUGGGCCGUUAGGGUGCCUCCUAGAACGCCAGGGUUGUACUUGGGAUAAAGAAGAAAUGGAUUGGGUUAUUGACAUGUGCUCUGAUUGUUUCAAAGACCUAGAGAAACCAUCUCCAUUGCCACCAAAGUACUCAUUAGCAAAUGAUCUUUGGAUCGGUCCAACGCCAUGGGUACUUCAACAACUUACGAUUGCCGAACAGCUUUUGAUUGCUCAUGUGUAUCCGCGUGUAUUUGUUGUGAAACUUUUUCCGACAGGAACCACAGCUAACGGACUCCCCAAUGACCAAAUUCAACGGGGAAUGCGAGGUAACAUAACAAGCUUUGAACUCAACGGACAGGACAUCUCGUCGAUGAUCGAAGGGAACAUCAUGCCGCGCCCGACGUCAAUCUUAGCUAGUGUUUUAUCUGUCACAAUUAUUGGUGUAAAGAAGGUCCCUAGUCCAGCAGCCCUUUACAUUUUCAGAGUUUGCCGUCAGAUCAUUCGAACGGCGCUCCUAUGGUUGAGACAACAUAAUCCAACAUAUUAUAGCCAUAUUCACCUCGACGAAGUUCGAAUUUCAAAUCUGCCGGUAGACGACAUACCACUUGAAAUCCUGGUCAACAUCCACCAUGAGGAGGACCCUUCAAUCAUCCAUGCCGAGUCAGACGGAUAUGUGCCCACCGGAGAUGAAAAUUCUGUGCUUGAACAAACCGAUUUUGUCCCAAGCGCCGAAGUAUACGAAGACACUGUAAACGACCCUGAUGUAGUUCCGUUACAGUACCUUGGAGUCCAUGAUAAUGAUUUAACAAAGGUACCGGCCAAUGAGCUUGUAACAUGGGGACUUCAGAAUAUAUGCAACUCCGUCAAUGAUCGGGAGGGUGCUUACGCUGUUCGAUAUGGUCGUCCUGUUAAUACAUUUGGUCAGCCCAGAAGAGGGGAAAUAGAACAGUCUACAGCGCGAGACAACUACUGGGAGCGCGCAUUUCCAUUAUUAUAUCCCUAUGGACUUGGAGGCAUCGAAAGGUCACGCCCAGUAAAAUUGUCGUUCAUGGAUCAUGUUCGUUGGUCUCUUACAUAUCACGAUAGAAGGUUUCGCCUUCAUAAUAGCUUUAUUUUCGUGGCCUUUGGAAUUCACCAACGCCGGGAGGCACUUGGAUCGGUCCGGCUGGUAAUGAAACGGGCUGAUUUUGAAGCUACAGCCGGAGUAUUGUCUACAAUAACCCCAAAUGACCUUAAUAGAGCGGGGGCAGAGGAAAGAUUGGGUCAGCCGAUAUCUAACCCCUCGAUUCGACUUUUGAAAAGAAAGAUGAACGAAGUCUCAAAGCGUAUCCCCGGUUCAGAUGCUUCACGACUCAAGCUUAGAAGUCAAAUAUGGUCAACCUCUCUAUAUUUGAACCCUCCAACGCUUUGGAUUACACUUAACCCGGAUGAUUUGCAUGAUCCGAUUGCUCAGGUUUUAGCAGGAGAAGAAAUAGAUCUUGAUGCAUUUAUUAAGACGGCUGGACCUGACAGAGCUCAACGCGCUCGGAACAUUGCGAAAGAUCCUUUUGCCGCGGGAGAAUUUUUCAACACCUUGAUCUCCGCAACUCUGGAACACCUAUUUGGUAUCAAGGUGCAACCUUCCCGUACUUACUCAAUAAUGGGUGUCCUAGGCCGUGUAAAGGCCUAUUUUGGGACAGUCGAAUGUCAGGGUCGAGGUACACUGCAUUUACACAUGCUAUUGUGGUUACAUAAAGCUCCACCUCCCCGACAUCUCAAACAAAUGCUCGACACUAAAGAAUUUCGAGAAAAGCUUGUUGGGUACUUAAGAGUUAAUGUCCGGUCCUAUCUGCCAGAACUAGGGACAUCGGCACUAUUGAAAGCUAUUCCAACUAACCCUGAAGUUGGCUAUUCGCGACCUCCUCAUCCAGACAGUCCACCCAAGGCUCUUCAAGCGCAAACAAGGAACUUAGAACUGGAAGUUGUUCGAACCAAACAAAUGCAUGGAUGCCUCUAUAGAAAAUGCUUACGCUUCGAUAAAUAUGCUAAUCUGGUAUGCAAGAGGCGGGCGCCUUGGGAUCUGAGUGAGACUGACGAGGUCGACUCCAACGAACAAGAAGUACCCGCUCCACUGGCCGUAACAUUCCUAAUGGGUUGGGGAGAUUCAUAUCGCUCUCAUCAAUAUGCACCAAUUUUCUGGAGCUCCUUUGUGUCAUUUAUUGCCCAGAUCUAUCCCGGUCUGGGUGAUCGUUCCAUAAGCGUAAGAGCCGAAGAGCAAUUACAAGAAGAUAGGCUGGCGCGGGAUAACAAUGGAGGACAAAAUCUCGGCAGUCUGGAAUUUGCCGGGAAUACCGAUAUAAGUGCAUCCAAUGAACAAAGUUCUGGCCAUGCCGAACAGGAAUCUGUUCUAUUGGUGUUCAAUACCAAUGGGCAACUUCGUCCACGGUCACAAAUCGACGAUUACAUAUAUCGCGCACAAGAAGCUAGCCAUUACAAUGUUCUCGAUUAUUUUGUUGGGACAUACGAGACCGAGAAACAGAGCAAGAAAAAGACUGCAUAUAAUCUGGAAAACGAAGGAGAUUUAAUCGAACCUCAAAUUCAAGAAUAUCUCCCUGGGUUACCACGUAAGGUUGGCCGCCCAUUACACAACCGCCUGGAAUACCUACCCGGGCACCCACGUGGGGAGCACUGGGUGCGAGUCGUUCGGCCACAAGAGCAUAACACACUCCCUAAUAUGAUUGGCCCUUAUUUUCCACGGAGAGCUGAUGCUGAUCAAUCUGAUCGUCAUGCAGCAUGGUGUCUCACACUUCUCAAACCUUGGAGAAGCUUGGCCGAAUUGAAAUCUACGGAACAGUCAUGGACAGAUGCGUUAAAAGAAUUCACUGAGACUUCUAGCGAGCGAAUCCUGAAUAUCAUUGAUAAUCUGGAUCAUUACCGCUCGUGCGAAGCAGCUGCCGAAUAUAAUCAAACGGACUUGGAUGUUAUCGAGGAAGCAGACAUAGCGGGAGAUGAAUAUGAUGCUGUGGGAAGUGUGACUCAGAUGGAUCAGCCAAUCAGCAGCUUGGCUGUUACGCGGGCGAUGGUAGAGGAAGCAAAGAACGAAUGGGAAAACACACGAGAGGCAGUCCAUGGUUUGCAAGCGGUGAAAAUUGGGCAAUCGAUCGGAAUUUUUAACUCGAAUGAGCCCAAGAACGUUCACGAAGUCAAUCGAGCAACGAAUCAGGACCUAGCUAAACUUACGGAAUGGCUAAACCAACUUGAGCUAGAACGAAGGGUUGCGAAUGAAACGCGUACGGGAUCCGGAGAUAUUCCGGCCAAUCCGAAUGAAGCUGGUAGCCCCGAUGUCGUUCCCUUGGAGGAUAUCCGAGCUAGGCAUUCUGCCGAGACGUUUUCCAGCCCACUUCAAGAGGAAGCGAUUGUACCUGCCGCCGUAGAUGAUCUAUUUCCAGAACAAAGGAGAGCCUUCGAUAUUGUACGUUGGCACCUAACGGGUUAUCUUUGGUCGCAAGAUUACCCAACUAUACAACCUCCGGCUCAAUUACUAAUGCUGCUGAUUGGGGAAGGCGGGACCGGAAAGUCGCGGGUGAUACAAACGAUUACUCAAGAGUUUAAGCAGCAAGGUGCCAGUCAUAUGCUGCUUAAAUCCGCAUAUACAGGCAUCGCGGCUUCCUUGAUCGACGGACAAACUACACACCAUAUUGCUGCUAUAUCAGUUAGAAACAAAAAGCAAAUCCUUUCCCCAGAGGCAAGGAUAAAGCUCGGCCUUUUGUGGAAAAAUGUCAAGUAUCUCAUUAUUGACGAAUUCUCGAUGCUCUCAAAGGAGUUCCUCGCUCGAUUAUCUCGGCACAUCGAAAUUGCAAAAUUAGAGUAUGAUCCCUCAGCAGCAGGACAACCCUUCGGUGGAGUUAACGUGAUACUGGGCGGCGACCUCCAUCAAUUCCCCCCAGUAGCAUCAUCUUCACAUGGUGCUUUAUUUCAUCCGACCAGACUAAGCCGCGAGAAUCCAGACGAAGCAGCCGUAUUAGGUAGAGCGUUAUACGAGAGAUUCAACACAGUGGUGAAGCUCCGAAAGCAAAUUCGAACGAUUGAUCCAAUAUGGCAAGAAUUCCUGGGCCGUCUUCGCCAAGGAACAGUUAUGGAAAAAGACAUCAAGAUGCUCAAGCAGUUGGUUUUAACGAAUCCAUCUUACGAUACUACCGAUUUUGGCUCAAAGGAAUGGAGCGAAGCUAUUCUCAUUACACCCCGACAUGCUGUUCGUACUCGUUGGAACGAUGCUGCGGUCGGACACCAUUGUAAACAAACUGAAAACCAACUGUACAUCUGCGCAGCGAAUGACACGUGUAAAGGUGCAAAUGGGAGGCGCCCCCUUCAUCUCCAUGAAGAAUUGGUUGCCGCACGCGGUGUUUCAGACGGUAGAGGGCGAAAAGGUCGAAACGAAAAGGGAGGACUUCCAGACGAAGUGUACUUGGCAAUUGGAUUGAAGAUAAUGGUGACACUUAAUGUUCAAACCGACCUAGACGUAGCAAAUGGGGCCCGCGGAACAAUAGUUGCAAUCGCACUGGACCCAGACGAGCCUCCCAUCGAAGUCGGACAACAGAAGGCUAAGCUCUCCCGACUACCAGCUUACAUCCUCGUAAAAAUGGACAGAACACGAGCAGGUGCAUUAAGAGACCUCUCGCAAGGCACUCUACCCAUUGUACCGGUUAUGCGAACCUACAAUAUUAUUGUCCCUACGAUGCAAUCGGACGGCCAGGUCAGCAAUGUCAGACGGACAGUGGAGCGGUGGCAGUUCCCUAUCACACCAGCAUACGCGUUUACCGAUUAUCGAGCGCAAGGUCAAACAAUUCCGGCAGUACUUGUAGAUAUAGCCACACCUCCAACCGGUGGUGGUUUAAAUGCGGCCAACAUAUAUGUCGCAUUAUCUCGAAGCUCUGGAAGGAAGACUAUCAGACUGCUCCGAGAUUUCGAUGAAAACAUAUUCGCAAAGCCUAUAGAUUACAACUUAAUGAAAGAAGAUGAAAGGCAAGAGGAGCUUGACAAGAAGACUGAGCAUUGGUGGACAAGCAUGGAAAGGACAACUCAAAAUUGA